UUAACGUCCACCCGCGGGCGCCUCCUUCCCCCAAUCCUCUUCCGCAAUUCGAACCAACCACACUCGUUAUCGUUAACCAGUCCCACCCUUCACCAAUGGCCACGCUCAUGGAAAUCGACAACCCGCGCAAGCGCUUCCGCUGCGACGACCACCACGGGCACGAGUCUGCCUUCGGCCUGCCCAUCUCCAAGAAGACGCGGCUGUCCGCGCCCCUCGACACGUUUUACGCGUCUCCACGUGACGGAUCUGCCUUCCCCCAACCAUCACUACCACCACCAGCAGCACCACACCUACAACCACAACAGCCACAGCGGGCGAAUCAUCCGAUCCAGAUCCACGCAGACGACGGCGCCGUCAGCAGCGCCGCCUCGACGCCCGCCUCCAUCGAAUCAGACAGCAGCGACCACCCUUUCAGCGCAGCGCGCUGGCCGCCGCAGCCGCAGCCGCAGCCGCAGCCCGCGGCGCACGGCCGGUGCACCAUCAUCUCGGGCUGGAACCAGGCGCGGCGCAUGGAGCUGUGCCUGCAGGGCUAUCCGCCGGCGCUGGCGCUGCAGCUGGGCAGGUAGGUACCUUACCUUACCAUAGUCAAAUCGCACGGACGUGACGUGGUGCUCAAGUGCCGCGAUUUUGGAUGGGUUUCAUGGGUGGGGGUGCUAAUGUCGUUG